UUGGAGGAAAGAAAAACACAAAAUUACUUCUCCACAAAAGCUUUCUCUGCCUGGAAAAGUUCAUUCUAGGCUUAGAGGGGUGGUCCGUAUUGUUUAAUUUCCUUAACGGGCCAUAUAGCAUAAUUAUCUGUGAGAUUGGAAGGUAUUGCUGUAGAUAGCCUAUUGCAGGCACACCGGCUGUAACCCCACCACAGAUAACAAGAGUCUUUUCGACGAGAGGAAUUGCUGGGGGAAGAAGAAGAAGAGGAGGAAGAAGAAGAAGAAGUGUUGUUUGGCUUUUCCCCCCGUGAAGAGUUGAAGCCGUCCUCGUCGUGCAUACUCUGCAUAUCACAGGAUUGGGUCUCUCCUCUCUCGUCGAGCUGCUGCAGGACUGGCUAUGGCCACCACUACUUCCGGGAUCCGUCAUUUCAUUCGCCCACCGAUCAGCGCAGCGAACUGACUCUGUUCUAUAAGCAAGCAAGCAGCCAACCUGCCAACACGCGCUGACACUCACUCAUCUCAGACCGCGAGAUAGACCAAAUACCUACGGGGGGAAAAAGGAGGAAAGAUCUGCAACUGCGAUCCCUUAAUUUCUUCUGAUUUUUUUUUUUUUUUUACACUUACAAUAAAACAACACAGCGAUCCGGAGUGAGAGAAGGGGACGCGGACUUGCGGGAUGAAAACGGGCUAAAAAGAUUCAUCUUCUCUUGAACAUCAUCACCAACCAUCAUUCAUUCAUUACCUUGACAACCUCUGGCUUUGAUUGACAGCUGGAGUGGCAAAAAGCCAUGAGACACGACAGUUUAGUUACAUGCAGGUUGUUGAUGGGCCGAUUGUAACCUUCAGUUUGGCGCAUUUUUUUCUUUUUUGAGGAAAGAGGAAAACAAGAAAAAUUGUAAAACUCCUCAUGCUACUACUUCAACUGAAGCACAUUAGCGAAUAGGAGAAUUCGCAAAGUUGUUUGAAAGGGGAAUCUUACUACUAAAUCACUUUCCAACCGUACUGGGAUAUUAAAUAUUCGACACAUUGAGGAGUUUAUUGGAGGGCAGUCUGAUGGCGCAAAGGUACGAUGAGCUGGCCCACUACGGUGGGAUGGACGGAGUGGGAGUCCCGGCGUCUAUGUACGGAGACCCGCACGCUCCUCGGCCGCUUCCUCAGGUCCAUCACUUGAACCAUGGUCCCCCGCUCCACGCCAGCCAGCACUACGGGGCUCAUGCCCCCCAUCCCAACGUUAUGCCCACUAGCAUGGGCUCCGCUGUCAACGACGUUCUAAAGAGGGAUAAAGAUCAAAUUUAUGGUCACCCUUUAUUUCCCCUGCUCGCGCUGGUUUUUGAGAAGUGCGAGCUGGCGACCUGCACUCCGAGGGAGCCCGGCGUGGCGGGCGGCGACGUCUGCUCUUCAGAUUCAUUCAACGAGGACAUCGCAGUCUUUGCCAAACAGGUCCGCGCAGAAAAACCUUUAUUUUCAUCAAAUCCAGAGUUGGACAAUUUGAUGAUACAAGCCAUACAAGUAUUACGAUUUCACCUUUUGGAAUUAGAAAAGGUGCAUGAGCUCUGCGACAAUUUUUGCCACCGGUACAUCAGUUGUUUGAAAGGAAAAAUGCCAAUAGAUCUAGUUAUUGACGAACGGGAUGGCAGCUCAAAAUCAGAUCACGAGGAGCUAUCGGGAUCUUCGACUAACCUUGCAGAUCAUAACCCAGCUUCCUGGAGGGACCACGAUGACGCCACCUCCACACACUCAGCCGGCACGCCCGGGCCCUCCAGCGGGGGCCACGCAUCACAGAGCGGGGACAACAGCAGCGAACAAGGUAGGAACCGCCCUCACAUUCACCCCGACACACACACGCACACACACACACACACACACUUAGAGGUAGCAUGCUUUCUUCUUGAUCCUUCAGUGAGCCAGGGAGCGGCGUACAGUCCGGAGGGACAGCCAAUGGGAAGCUUCGUGCUGGACGGUCAGCAGCACAUGGGGAUCCGACCAGCUGGUCUAGCAGGCAUGCCAGGGGAGUACGUACCUCAGAGUGGUCCUAUGGGCAUGAGCAUGGCCCCGCCCAGUUACCCACCUGCCCCAACCCACCAUCAGAUGACCCCCCACCCGUCCCAGCUCCGUCACGGACCCCAGCUUCACCCCUACCUGCCUGGACACCCCCACCACCACCACCACGGCCACCACGGCCACCACCCCCACCACCACCCCCACCCAGCCAUGCUGAUGCACGGAGGACCUUCCUUGCACCCGGGAAUGACCAUGACCACACAGAGACCCCCCCUGCUGGCCCCCAAUGACCCCGGAGCCGGAGGACCAGGCCUGGAUAUUCACGCCCAAUAGUAUAAGGGAACUUUUCUAUCGCCACGACAACAACGACCACCAACCACCAUCCACCAACAACUACAACCAACCAACAACUACAACAGCAGCAGCUACAACAAGAAAUUAAUUUAAAAAUAAAAUAUAAGCCACACAGCGAACCCCAACAACGAAACUUUAACUAUUUUAAGACUAUUUUUAAGAAUUAAAAGUGAACCCUUUUGAUCAGAAAUUAGACACUAAAGAAACAGAAUACUAGAUGAGCUGUGAUACUUUUUUUAACAAAAUUAAAAGCUUUAAAAAUAAAAGUAAAAAAAAUAACUUGUCGAUUUUAUUACUUUCAUCCAAAUGGAGGACCAAGCCCACAGGAACACUUUGUAAAGUCUUGGGCUUUUGGUAAAGACAUCCACAGCGGUUGUUUUUUUUGUUUAUAUGUGCAAGAAAUGGACUAAUGCACACUUAAAAACACCUGCACACCACACACACACUCACACGGCGCCAUUCACAUGUUCACAACAAGUACACUUUCACGUGACAUGCUCCAACGCUUCGGAAAAAUGAAAAUCACCCUCGAAGAUUUAAAAAAAAGGAAUUGACGAAAAAGACUCCAAGAGUUAUAACUACUGUAGAAUAAAAAAAAAGUUUAGAUAACUAAGUUAAAACUUUGUGCAUUUUUUUUCUUUCCUCUUCUUUGUUUAUCAACACAACUUACGUUUCCUGAUCUAGUUCUAGAAAUUAAAGGUUAACCCCUUCCUCUUCCACACUGUGUGUGCUCCUACCCCGGGGGGAGAGACUGUUUCAACAGCACAGCACUAUAUAAUGAAAACAAUGAGAAAACAAAGAAGAAGAAGAAGAAGAAGAAGUAGUACAAGAAGAUGGAACAUCUCAAAAAAAUGGCUCCCAAUGACAGAGGGCAAUCAGGUCCUGUCCCUCCACCAGCCCCUGGCUCCAGCACCACCACGACUGUAAGAACAGGCCACGAUGGGAAGAGCUAUACACGAAAUGACACCGGAUCUCUCCGCAAGAUUCACAUUGAUCAUUCAUCAUGCCCCCCC